UCCCUUUGCAUGGGUGGCCCUCCCCCAUUAAGGGAGCAGUGGCUGAAAUGUUUCAUCUCAUUCCUUUUUAGGAAAGACCAACACAGCAGAGAAGAAGAGUCAUUUAUUUGUUUGCAAAAAAUUUCAGGUUUAGAUGUGUGAUGAAAUAUUUAGAAAAAAACUUACUUGGUUACUGAGAGCCAGAAUUCCUGCUCCGAAGAGCAGAUGGGUUACCUGAGGUGGCAGAAGGGGAGGCAACGGCGAAGAGGUCUGGUGAAAGGAAGUCAGUCCAGGGAACUGUAGAAAGCAAGAUGGAGUCCCUCACGUCAAGCAGUGGCCUGUGUCAAGCAAUGGUGCAGGCAGCUGUGGGCAUUGCGGUUCAGACCAGGUAUUGCUGAGAGCAGCCCCUGCCGACGACGCACCCAGAACAAUAAGCAGCAGAAGGAGAGCAGGUCUGCAAACGCCCGGCACUGACUAAAUCCCCGGUAAAAGGGAGGAUUUUUGCAGCAAAUGGUCAGACUCUGGACACUGAGCCUUCUGCGUCUGACCACUUCAGAAAGGUAGCUGCUGCCAAAGGCUCUGCCUGAUUGAUCUCUGAACAGAACCGAGAUCCUUGCUGGCCUGAACACAAUCAGCAGUCAGUGCCGAGAGCAGACCCGGACCGGACCUGGACUGGACCGAGGCCUUAUCUCAGGAUAGCUAGAAAAGCUACAUGACUACAAAUAUGUCAAGCAUUUACUUGAAGCAUCAGCAUCAGCGAACACGCAAGGUAAUAAGACAAUAGAACCAGAAGAUGGAAACCCAGAGGAAUCAGAUGACCUUGGACACGGGCCAGUUUUCUUUUCUUUGCUGUGCUCUGCUUUGUUUGCUUAUUCUUUUUUUUUUUUUUUUUUUUUGCUUUGCUUUGGGGGUGGUGCGCAUUAGGAAAAGCCGGCGGCCAGUUAAAUCUCAGCAGCCGGUUCCUGCUCUCGGGGAAGGGAGGAACACUGGCGCUAGGGCGCUCUGCCGUGGCGAACCUGUAGGUCAGGCGAGGGCCCGGCUCCCUGGCUGGGGCUUCCUGGCCUUGGAAGUGCCCGGAGCUUCCGAGAACUUUGCUGUACUGCGAAUGAAAUGUCAGACCAAAGAACUUCAAGUUCUCCUUGAGAGUCCGCGGAAGUGCAGGGUGGGGAGUCGCGGAAGAGGGGGCCGCGAUCGGCGCUCUGGAGAUAUCGGUAAAUCCCGGGGUGCAACCUCUGCAGUGGUGUUGGCCGGCGCCCCCCCCCCGGGCCGCAGGCUUACGGCUGGAGGAGGUGGCUUCUGUGUGUUCGUGAGGUCCCGUCGGGGAGAGACCGAGGACCGCGAGGAAAAGUGAGCAGUAAGGGGCCUAGCCGGCCUUCGCCCGGCCCACCCCCGGCCGUUGGCGCCCUUGAACCCGCCCCUCCGGAUAGAUCUCUGAGCGGGUUCCAGGCGCUCUUCACUCGCGGUCCAAAGGCGCGGCGGCGCGGGCCAUGGAUCCCCUGGCUGCGCUGCGCGGCGCGAGGCUGCGGUGGGCGCUGCUGGGUACGCGGGUGGCCCUCCCUGGCCUCUGCCCGCACGGGGCCAGAGCCAAGGCCGCGAUCCCCGCCGCCGCCCGGGUUACCGCCGAGACUCCUGGAAACGGGCCUGGCGACCGGAGACUGCGGACCCUGGAGGAGCUUCCAGGGCCCGGGCAACUGCGCCUCUUCUUCCAGCUGUUAGUGCAAGGCUACGUUCUGCAGUUACACAAGCUCCAGCUCCUGUUUCCAAGACUUGGUGGACAGCUCCCAAGGCACUCAGAGAUGGUUAACAAAUCAUUCCUUCCAGGCGCAGCUUCAAGAAACCAAGUGCUGAACAAGGCCAAGUAUGGUCCAAUGUGGGUAACCCGCAUAGGGCCUCAGAGCCUUGUGAACCUGGCCAGUGCCCCCCUCCUGGAGCAAGUGAUGCGGCAAGAGGGCAAGUACCCAGUACGGCACGACAUGGAACUAUGGAAGGAGCAUCGGGACCAGCAGGGCCUGGCCUAUGGGCCCUUCACCACGGAAGGACUGCAGUGGUACCAGCUGCGUCACACUCUGAAUCAGCGGAUGCUGAAGCCAGGGGAGGCUGCGCUCUACACCAAUGUCGUGAAUGAGGUGAUCGACGACUUCAUGGUCCAUCUGAACCGGCUGUUGGCAGAGAGUGCCUCAGGGGACCAGGUGUUGGACAUGGCUCACCAUUUCUACUACUUCGCUUUGGAAGCUAUUUGCUACAUCCUGUUUGAGAAACGUAUCGGCUGCCUGGAGCGCCCCAUCCCCCAGGACACGGUGGCCUUCGUCACAUCUGUCGGGCUCAUGUUCCAGAACUCAGUCUAUGUCACCUUCCUCCCCAAGUGGACCCGUUCCCUGCUGCCUUUCUGGAAGCGCUAUCUGGAUGGCUGGAACACCAUCUUCUCUUUUGGGAAGAAGCUGAUUGAUCAGAAACUCAAGGAAAUCGAGAUCCAGCUGCAGACCAAGGGGCCAGAUGAAGUCCAGAUAUCUGGCUACCUGCACUUCCUGCUGACCAGAGGACAGCUCAGUACUCAUGAGGCCAUGGGCAGCCUGCCUGAGCUGCUCCUGGCGGGCGUAGAUACGACAUCCAACACGAUGACGUGGGCCCUGUACCAUCUUUCAAAGAACCCAGAGAUCCAGGCUGCCUUGCAUAAGGAGGUGGUGGGUGUGGUACCAGCCGGGCAGGUGCCCCAGCACAAGGACUUUGCCCACAUGCCCCUGCUCAAAGCCGUGCUUAAGGAGACCCUGCGCCUCUACCCUGUGGUCCCCAUGAACUCCCGGGUCGUCACAGAAAAGGAAAUCGAAGUCAAUGGCUUCCUCUUCCCCAAGAACACCCAGUUUGUCUUCUGUCACUAUGUGGUGUCCCGUGACCCUGACAUCUUCCCCGAGCCAGAGAGCUUCCAACCUUACCGCUGGCUGAGGAAGAGCCAGCCUGCUGCCCUUGGGGUCCAGCAUCCAUUUGGCUCUGUGCCCUUUGGCUAUGGGGUCCGGGCUUGCCUGGGCCGCAGGAUUGCGGAGCUGGAGAUGCAGCUGCUGCUGUCAAGGCUGAUCCAGCAGUACGAGGUGGUCCUGGCCCCUGAGACCGGGGAGGUGAGGAGCAUGGCCCGCAUUGUCCUGGUUCCCAAUAAGAAGGUGAGCCUGCAUUUCCGGCAGAGGAAGUGCUGAGCUGGGCCCGUGCCUCCUGGGAGGAGCCCCCCUUCUCUCUCCCCGGUGCACUCAUUCCUAGCCACUGCUGUGUCUCAGACCAGAAGGGGGAGAAGGGGGAGAAGGUGGCUGCCAGACACCUGCCAGAUCGAAGAAACUCGGUGCACUUUCUGUAGAACCCUGAGCUUUUGCCACUUUGAUCACUUUGAAUGUCUCCUUCUCAGAUAAAAGGCCACCCCCAUGUCACAUUGCUCUCCUUGGAGAAAAUACAGAAUAAAGGGACUUCUAUUGAUAAUUGGAGACCUUUGUCAUUCUCUUUGAUGACCCAGCAUCUGAGCCCCUUGCUGUGUUUGGGGAACAGCCUCUCCCCACUUAGGGAUCUUGUGGGACGCAGAGCCCUCUCCCUCCGUGGAAAGUGAGAACACCUGUGCUCUCCUGGACCUCACAGAGAGGCCUUCGCUUCAGCUGGUGCUGCUGAAGCCCAGCCUGAGCAGGACCUGCAGAACAAUCCUCUGGACCCCAAGAGGGGCCCCCUCUUUUGAACACAGAGUGCUUUGAUAUAGGCAGUGAAGUGCUGCCAGAAUGUAUGGAGGCGUUCUUGGCUGGAUCUACAGCAACGGCUCCCGGGGCGCCCAUCAGCCUGGGAAGCACCAGGUUGGCCGCCCUCAGGAGCGUGAGUGUCGCAAAGCUGUCGCCACAGCUGCUGGCCCCAGUGUGCCUCUGUGUCCCCGGGGUCAGUGCUGCCGGUGGGGAGAAAAAGCGUCCUCCCUGCCCCCACUCCUGGCCCAUGACUGCCUCUCCCCCAGCCCCCCGCAAGGUGACAGCAACAGCGACCGCAGGAGGAGCAGAAGCAUGGCCUCCGUCCCGCUACCCCCUUCCACCGACAUCUCACAUACAACUGAGAGGUGGAACCCAGGGCCGGCCUGGAACCUGCGCUGCAGGGCAGUAUGGGGAUUGUAGUUCUCAGCUUUCCAGCCUCUUCAGCACAGGAAGCCGACCAGAAGGAAAGCGGGCUGGUGCGGAGACCGAGUGCACCGCGGGUUUGAGGAGGCGAUGAGCCCCAGCCUCACAGAGUCCCAGCCCCGGUGGUAAAUUUCUGCUGGGUCAUAGAAAACUAAAGUCGUAUUUCUUAUGUUGGUGAGAUUAAGAAAAAAAAAAAGAUGUCAUUGUCCUUAUUAAAAUCUUCAGUGGCGGGCGCCUGGGUGGCUCAGUCGGUUAAGCGACUGCCUUCGGCUCAGGUCAUGAUCCUGGAGUCCCGGGAUCGAGUCCCGCAUCGGGCUCCCUGCUUGGCAGGGAGUCUGCUUUUCCCUCUGACCCUCUUCCUUCUCGUGCUCUGUAUCUCUCAUUCUCUCUCUCUCUCUCUCAAAUAAAUAAAUAAAAUCUUUAAAAAAAAAUAAAAUCUUCAGUGGCUUCUCUCAGCCCUGAAGCAAAGUCCUAAGGCCUUACUCUGGCAUGGAAGACUCUGGCACCCUGCCUCCACCCCUACUCCCUGCCCAGACACCCUUUCCACAGCCUAACCCCAAUUCCUUGUAUAGACCUGAGCACAUUCCACUCUUUCCGGCCUCAAUACUUUGUUCUUAAUGUCCCCUCUCCUUGGAACACUCUUUUCAGCAACUGUGAUCCCAUCCCAGAGAACUUGCUCUUCUUAGGGCUCAGCUCAAAUGUCACUGCCUUUGAAUAAGCCUCCCCUGACCUCUCAGGGGGAGCAUAAGCACUCCCUUUGUGUUCCCCGCCUCCCACCCCCCACGUUACAGAACUGAGCGCUCAGCCUAUUGACCCUCGAAACCCGACUGUCUCCCCAACCAGCUGUGCACCCCCUGGAGGGCACAAAUCAAGCUCCUUUCAGUUUUGGAUCCCAGAGACCAACCCUGUGUCUAGCCCCUAGGAGGCGAUUAAUAAAUGUUUGUUGGAUGAGAAGAGGCUGCAAUAGUAGGCAGGGGAAGGAAGAUGAGGGGAUGAUGCAGAGCUUUUCCUACGGAGUCCGGAAAUCUGGAGAGAGUUGGGAGGAACUCCUGAUUAUAAGGGCAUAGCUCUUGACCCCACCUGUGCGAGGAUUCAGCUGUGAAAGCGCCUUAUAGAUGCAGAGCGUGGGGGCCGGGCUCAGAGGGGGAAGGGAUUUCUGUCACAAAGUCAACCAGAGCCACUUAUGCCUUCCCAGUGGGCUGCUCCUUCGGACCACCAGGGGUCUGCGGUCUCAGGGACCCUGCGCUGCCCACAUAAGUCACAGGGAAGCCAUGUUACAGCUGGGCUCCCUGAUUAUCCACCCUGACCUGCCUCUGUAAGGAAAGAAGAACAAUAGGAUUUAGGAUCAUUGCAGAGAAGCAAGUGAAUGUUAACUCAGCACAGCAGAUACACCUUUGGUUGAAAAGAAUGUGCGUAUCUCCUUACUGCCAUUGCAGCUAAUUUGAACUUGGCCAAAUUAGGAUCCAUAUUUUCAGGUAAGAUCCAUAAUUUUGGGUAAGAAGUCAGCUAGUCGGGCACCUGGGUGGCUCAGUCAAUUAAGUGGCUGCCUUCGGCUCAGGUCAUGAUCUCAGAGUCCUGGGAUCAAACCCCACAUCGGGCUCCCUGUUCAGCGGGGACCCUGCUUCUCCCCUGCCUGCCGGUCCCCCUACUUGUGCUUGCUCUCUACCUCUCUCUCUCUCUCUCUGUGUCAAAUAAAUAAAAUCUUAAAAAAAAAAAUCAGUUUGUCUUCUUAAACAGCAUUUAUGCCGCACUCCCAGGAGUAAAAAUAGAUUGAGUACUCGAUGUUUUCUGGCUGUCUACAUGCUCCUGUUCUAUAGAUGUUCUAGCUCUGCAUGUAGUUUGGCUUGUUCAUAUUAGUUCGGUUCUAAUGUUAUUGUUAUUAGUUAUUUAUGAUUCCAGUUUUAAGAUGCAUGUCAAACAGGGCGCCUGGGUGGCUCAGUUGGUUAAGCAACUGCCUUCGGCUCAGGUCAUGAUCCUGGAGUUCCGGGAUCGAGUCCCACAUCAGACUCCCUGCUUAGCAGGGAG